CGCCUAGCUAGUGAAACUCGCGCAAGCAGGGCGCACGUAUCAUCAAUAAUAAGGGCUCUCCGUCACAGUGCACUGGGGUAAUGGCCCUAGCGCUAGUGUUCCGCAUCUCGUUUCAACGCCGUACACGUCCAUAUAUGGAGUUCGGUUUUGACUUGCCACGCAUUGAGCAAAGUGAAAUCAGUUUUAUCUUUAUUCGAAGGAAUUUUAACCUCUUAUUCUUUUCUUUCAGUGGUCCGCGCGCCCACUCGCUCGUGUGUAAACGGUCCCGAGGAAAGCAAGCCUUUCCUACAGUCGCUGAACAGCAGAACAAUCAGUUAGGCCAAACUCAUUGUGUUCAUCAGGAAGCGUCUGGGGUCAAGCUGUGGCACGCGGUCCAAGAGCGUCAUGCCAGGGGAAGGCGGCGCGGGGGCGUGCCGGCCGGGUUCGCCUAAAUCCUCCGAGCGACCGCUGAAGACCGGGUGGCUAAAGAAGCAACGGUCCAUCGUGAAGAACUGGCAGCUACGCUACUUCGUGCUGAGAGGGUAUACCCUGUACUACUACAAGGACGAUAAGGAUAAUGCCUUUCAGGGCCACAUCAACCUGAGGCCAAGCCAAGUGAACGAGCUGCCGUCCAGUACAGAUGAUCCCGGGAAGUUCCUCUUCGAAAUUAUCCCAGGCAGCUCCGGGGAUCGUGAGCGGGACCCCUACGUCCUGAUGGCCAAUUCCCAGAACGAGAUGGAGGAGUGGGUCCGCACCCUCCGCAGGGUGAUUGGAGUACCCUCCAGCGGAGCAGUGUUUGGGAAGAGCCUGGGCGACACGGUGGCGUACGAGCGGCGGUUCGGCCCCCACCUGGUGCCCAUCCUGGUGCAGGAGUGCGCGGAGUUCAUCCUGGAGCACGGGCUGAGCGAGGAGGGCAUCUUCCGCCUGCCGGGGCAGGACAACCAGGUCAAGCAGUUCCGGGACGCCUUCGACGCGGGGGAGAGGCCCUCCUUUCCCAGUGACACAGAUGUCCACACGGUGGCGUCCUUGUUCAAGCUGUACCUGCGGGAGUUGCCUGAGCCCGUGAUUCCCUGGUCCCAAUACCAGGACUUCCUGGACUGCAGUCACCUGCUGAACCCAAACGGCAACCUGGGUCGUGAAAAGCUGGAGAAGCAGAUCUCCCUCCUCCCGAGAGCCAAUUACAACCUGCUCAGCUACAUCUGCAGGUUCUUGUACAAAGUUCAGCAGAACUCCAAGGUGAAUAAAAUGAGCGUGGAGAACCUGGCCACGGUCAUCGGGGUGAACCUGCUGAAGCCGCAGAUAGAGGACCCCGUCACCAUGAUGAAAGGUACGUCGCAGAUCCAGAAGCUGAUGACGGUGAUGAUCCGGCAGCACGAGAGCCUCUUUCCCCCCUCCAAGGACGUGCCGCCUUCGCCCCCCUCCAAAAAAACGGCCCGCAAGAAGCACAGCGUGCCCCGCAGCUUCGUGGGAUGGGACGCUGCCGAGAGCGAAACUCUGUCUGAGUCCCCAGAGGAGGACGGUCCUGGGACGCUGGGAGGUGAGGCGGGAGAUGACGAGGGGUCAGAGGUCACCACCCCUGCACAGCCACCCUGCCCUUCCUCCCUCUCCUCCUCCUCCUCCUCCUCCUCUUCCUUAAUGGCAGACCCCUGGACUGGGAGCCCCCGCAAGCGGACGCAGACCCUCCCCUCCCUGGGGGCCAGAGAGGGGGUGGGGCACGCGGGGCUCCACAAGGGCAGUCUCCGGGGGACGAUGGCGGGCCCCACCCUUCCUGCUCUGGAGGACGACGCAAAGGGGGGCCUCCCCGAGGAGAAGGGGACCCUGUCCGAGGACAUCUUCAAAAUCCUGGACCUGCAGAGGGUCUCGCUGUUCACGGCGACCAGCAAGGGGGACCACGCGGCCAGGAGCGGGGGAUCCACGGAGAGGGGCGCCGCGAUCGCCACCAAGCCCGACCCGCCCAAACCCAGCAGCGGCCCCGCCCAGCCCCAAACCCGGCCCCAAACCCGGCCCCCCCAGGAGGAGAGGGCAGAGGGGAGGGCGGAGACGGCGAGGAGUGUGGUUUCCACACCCAGCUCGGAGGCCAAAACAGGACCCCAGAAGAACACACAGGACACGCCCGAGAGCCUCGUUACCAGUCUACAGCGGAGGAACGAGGAGCUGGUUGCCCGGGUGACGGAGCUGCAGUCUGCGCUGGACGCGGAGAAGCGGCUGGUGACGUCGCUGGAGAUCCGGCUGAGGAACGCCGAGCGCAGCCGCGACCAGGCGGAGCAGCGCAACCAGGAGCUGGACCGGGAGAUCCAGAGCUUCCUGUCCCGCCGGACCGCCGUGGGGCCGCCGUAGAGCCGCCGUGGGACCGUCACGCUCACGCAAGCACCCCGGAACCCAGAACAACCAGAACCGCCCACCCCUACCCAAUCCGGCCCUAAUCCGGGGCCAACACUCCCUAAGACCCCUGACCUUUCACCCCCACCCUCCCGAAACUCAGACUGCCGAUUGGUUAACUGAACGCGUGCCCUGGGGAUGCGGGUUCUGUGGGCAGACGGACAUCGUUUUUUUAAAAACGUGCGCUUUAUAAGAACGUGUUUUUGAGACGGGCUCUUGUGCUGCUGAAGGCAGCUGACCUCCGGUCAGGACUCCAGUCUGUGUCGGCUGUACCUGCCAGUGAGCCGAACCGCAGUAAACAGCAGCCCCGCGCUGUUCGGCCAUUUUGUGUCUUGAGUUGUCCAGGGGAUAUCAUGCGCACACAUCCCUGGCUGCCGUUUCCCACACUGAUAGCGAGCCCGUCCGUCGCUGCACGCUCACGCUCUUUCCUGUCAGGUCCCAAGUCAAAACAACUCUAUCGCCGCUGAAUAAUAAACAGGACACCCCAAGACCAGGGCUCAAAACCACAGCCACUGUUACAAUAAUAAUAAACUGUAUUUAUAUAGUACGUUUUAUACAGCACAGCACAGUGCAAUGCAAUGUCCUUUACAAGAAAGGAGAAUCAAUAAAAUGAGAGUCAGAAUAUGAUAGAAUUUUUUUAAUAUAUAUAUAUAUAUCGUACUGUGCAAAAGUCUUAGGCACCCUAGAUUUUUAAAUAUAAUAUAUAGUAUAUAUUUGGUCUUAGAUGUUUAUUUUUUGUUUUCUGCAUUAGUGUGUCAGUAGAAAAGAGCAAAUUUGAGAUUUCCAAACAUGAAUUUUCCAAAAGAUGAAAUUUUAUAGAUACGUUUCUGUAUUUUGUUAAAUAAAGUAAUAUUUUAAGUAAUAGACUACUUUUCAGAUAAAAACUUGAUCAAGAGCCAGAAGCAAGCGAAACAGCCAAAAUCUGCAGAAGAACUGUGGCAAGUUCUCCAAAAUGCUUGGAACAACCUACCAGCCGAUUUUCUUAUAAAACUGCCGGACAGUGUACCUAAGAGAAUUGAUGUAGUUUUAAAGGCGAAGGGUGGUCACACCAAACAUUGAUUUUAUUUAGUUUUUAACUAUUUACUGCUCUUUAUAUUAUUUUUUUUGAUAUUUAUAACUUUUCAUUUCAUUAUUUUUGAAAGCAUCUUAGCUGUACAGCAUUUUUUUUACAGGUGCCUAAGACUUUUGCACAGUACUGUGUAUAUAUAUAUAUAUAUAUAUAUAAAAUGUAUACUGCUAAAAUGAAAUAAAAUAAGAACAGUAAUAUUGCAAACGGGUACAAAAGUAAAAGCAGGACUUAAAAGAUGUGCUCACAUCCACAAGGAGGCUAUUCUACAAAGCCAUUACAUUUUGAAAUGAUUUAACGGUAAAAUAAAUUAGAAUGAUGACUCAGUGGUGAAUUAAAGACAUUGCUUAUGUAAGGUAUUAACUUGUAUGUUCUGUAAUCCCUGGAAAUGAUAAUGACAAAUGCAUCAUUGGUAGAGGAUGAAGUAAAUCUGUUCUAAUUUGCCAGAAACAGGUUUUUAGCUAAAUAGCCCGCAGAGUGAAAACUGCCAUGGAACGUAAUUAUUUUUCAAAUAACUGCAUCUUGUUCUGUAUUUGGUGAUGUGUGCCCAAAAAAUAAACACGUGAAUCCGUUUCUCCUGAA